AUGAAUUUGAGGGUCUCCGACGACGGCUCGACCGACAGCCCAACAUACGCCGCGCGCGCCGGCGGCGCGGCGGCGGCGCGCGCGUCAAGACCGGGCACACGGGCAGCGGCCGCCGCGGGCGCGGGCGCAGCGACGGCGACGGCGACGGCAGCCGAGGCGGCGGCCGGCAAAGCCGCAGACGGAGCGGCGGCUGAGGCGGGGCCGGGCGGAAGUGGCGGCGGCGCGGCCGACGGGGCGGGCUCUGUAGGGGAGGCGGCGGCGGCAGCAGCGGUUGCUAAGCGAAAGAAGCUGCCAAACCCUUUGGUCUGGAUUGACCUGGAAAUGACAGGCCUGGAUAUUGAGAAGGACACUAUAAUUGAGAUCGCCUGCCUCGUAACCGACGGCGACCUCAAGACGGUGGUGGAGGGCCCGAGCCUGGCCAUCCACCACCCUGAGGCGGUGAUAGAGUCCAUGAAUGACUGGUGCAAGGAGCACCACGGCAAGAGCGGCCUCACGCAGCGGGUGCGGGACUCGAGCACGUCACUACAAGAGGCCGAGGAGCAGGUGCUGGCGUUUGUGGCGGCCCACACUGAAUUCCAGUCGGCGCAGCUGGCGGGCAACAGCGUGCACGUCGACCGCAUGUUUCUGCAGCGCCACAUGCCGGCGCUGCUGGGGCACCUGCACUACCGCAUAGUGGACGUCUCCUCGAUCCACGAGGUUGCGAGGCGCUGGUCCCCCAAGCUGGCGCGCAGCACGCCCCGCAAGAAGGCGGCCCACACUGCCAUGAGUGACAUAAGGGAGAGCCUCGAGGAGCUGCGGUACUACAAGGACAAGCUUUUCAGGGGCGUCAAGUGA